AUGCUGCGCAACCUCCUCCGCUACGUGGGCCUCGUCCUUGUGCUGCUGUUCUUCAUUGCCAGCGGCAUUGAGAAAUUGGCGGCUCCCUCAGUGGGCGCGGCGUUCCUUUCGAAGAGCAACUUUCCUCGCAUGUUGAUAAAAAUGGGCGUCAGGCUUUCGCCAUCGGAAUACAUCCACGUCGUUCGCCUCGCCGGUGUAAUGUGUGUGUCUUUUUCCCUUUUUAUUUUGCUCGGCGUUGGCCGCAGCUUCUUCUCCUUCGUGAUGGCAACUGGGAUGAUCAUCGCCACGGUUGCGUUCUACGUCGACCUCGACUACCCGUUUGACACUCCAGAGGAGAAUGUUCAGCACAUUCUCAAGAAUGCGUCCAUCGUUGGCGCGCUGCUGUUUGUGACAGGUAGUGGCCACCGAAGUCGUCGGUACAACCAAGCCCGUGUGGCGAGGGACAACGAGCGGGCAAAGAAGAACAAUUGA